AUGGGGACCCGGGAGCCUGGGAGGGGGCCGGGCCGCGCCGCUGCCCCGGGCGGCCUCUGCUCAGAGCUCCCCGAGCACAGGGACGGGCGUUUUCCAAAGGAAAUCCGUGGUGAUAAUAUCAGAGAGUUUUUGCUGAGUCUCAGAUAUUUUCGAAUCUUCAUUGCCUUGUGGAAUGUCUUCAUGAUGUUCUGCAUGAUUGUCCCUGGGAUUGCGGCCUGUUCUUCGGUACAAGCUCCUAACGCGCUCAAGGGAUGGGGCGCGUUCAUCGUCUUCAGCCAGUCGUGUAAUAAUCCGGUGCAUGCUGGUUCGCUUGCUGCCGGGGGCAUUGAGCCUUUAGGCCCCUGA